AAUCUGCCGCUCGAAUCUUGCUGCCCUCGUUAAUUCUUGUUUCGCUGCCUGUUGAAUCGCUGGACUCAGGGACUGAUCGGCCUUGUCGGUGCUGGCCUUCGAUCAGGAGAGAAGACAGUUUUGCUGAAGAGAAGCAAGCAAGCAAUGGGAGAGGAGGAGCCGAGGAAGAAUGGGAGUGAGAGGACGAACAAGUAUGCAGUGGCCUGCUCCAUCAUUGGCUCCAUCAUCUCCAUCCUCAUGGGAUACGACACCGGCGUGAUGAGCGGCGCCAUGCUGUUCAUCAAGGAGGACCUCAAGACCAACGACACGCAGGUGCAGGUCCUGGCGGGCAUCCUCAACGUCUGCGCGCUCGUCGGCUCCCUCACCGCUGGCCGUGUUUCCGACUGGAUCGGCCGUCGCCGCACCAUCUCGCUGGCCGCCUGCAUCUUCCUCGCCGGCUCGAUCCUCAUGGGCCUGUCGCCCAACUUCGUCACGCUACUUACAGGGCGCUGCGUCGCCGGCGUCGGCGUGGGAUACGCCCUCAUGAUCGCGCCCGUCUACGCCGCCGAGAUCGCGUCGGCCGAGAUCCGCGGCUCGCUCACCUCGCUCCCCGAGAUCUGCAUCAGCUUCGGCAUCCUCAUCGGCUACGUCGCCAACUACUUCCUCGCCAAGCUGCCGCUGGUCUACGGCUGGCGCACCAUGCUGGGGCUCGGCGCGCUCCCCAGUGCCGUGCUCGCCAUCGGCGUCCUGGCCAUGCCGGAGUCACCCCGCUGGCUAGUCAUGCAGGGCCGCCCGGAGGAGGCGCUUCUCGUUCUCCGGAAGGUCUGCAACACGGCCGCUGAGGCAGACGUCCGGCUCGCGGACAUCGAGAACGCCGCUGGGUACGCCGACGGCAACGCCCCGGCGCCCGGCAGCGGCGGCAGAGGCGUGUUCAAGGAGAUGUUCCUGCAUCCAACGCCGACCGUGCGUCGCAUCCUCGUGGCCGCCUUCGGCAUCCACUUCUUCCAGCACCUGUCGGGUAUCGAGGCCGUGGUGCUCUACAGCCCGCGGAUAUUCAAGGCCGCCGGCAUAGCCACCCGCAACGAGAUCCUCGCGGCCACCAUCGGCGUGGGCGUCACCAAGACGGUCUUCAUCAUGACGGCCAUCCUGCUCGUCGACCGCGUCGGCCGACGCCCGCUCUACCUCUCCAGCCUGGCCGGCAUCGUCGCCUCGCUCUCCUGCCUCGGCCUGGGCCUCACCGUCAUCGAGCGCUCGGCGCCGCAUCACGCCGCGCGCUGGGCCGUCGCGCUCGCCAUCACCACGGUCUUCACCUUCGUCGCCUCCUUCUCCAUCGGCGUGGGGCCCAUCACCUGGGCCUACAGCUCUGAGGUUUACCCGCUGCGGCUGCGCGCGCAGGGCGCAAGCGUCGGCGUCGCCAUCAACCGCAUAAUGAACGCCGGCAUUUCCAUGACUUUCGUCACGCUCUACAAGGCCAUCACCAUCGGCGGCGCCUUCUUCCUCUUCGCGGGGCUGGCCGUCGUCGCCGCCGUCUUCUUCUACUUCUGCUGCCCGGAGACGCAAGGCAGGCCCCUCGAGGAGAUCGAGGAGGUGUUCAGCCAAGGUUGGAGCUCGCGACGGCGGCAGCACCCGCCGCCAUCGUCCGUGGAGCUGCCCGAGCCCGACAGCAAAGUUCGGCCGUGAUUGGCGCCGGCCGUAUGAUCGGCCUAUCUUCAGACCAGUAUUUCGUGCGUAUGUACAUAGCACUAGUAGCUUGGAUGGUCCUGUGCGCCACCUUCGUAUGAUCAUGCACUCUUUUUUAUCAAGUGAUUUCAAAAGCAAAACAUUCAGUUCAAUAGAUCAACUAUACGCCCCUAUCCA